UCUGACUCUGCGGCUCCAACCCUCACAACUUGAUUUUCUGAGAGCGGCUUUCAGGGUACUAUCCAUCGAAUCAUCCCCACGACCGUGCGUCUCACCAAUCCAGGAGACGGCCAUAUUCGAACCCGCGACCUCCUUCCGGCCCCAAUCACCCGAAAACCAGCCAAAAUGUCGCGUUUCUUUUACGGUGGCGGUAGCGACAGCGACAGCAGCUCCUCCGAGGAGGAAGAUCACUACGAGGAGGAGGAGGUGUCCGAGGAGGAAUCCAGCGAAGGAGAGGAGGAGACCUCGGAGGAGGAGACUUCCGAUGAUGAGGGCGAUACCGGUCCCAAUCGUUUCUUGAGGGAUGCAGAGGAAAGCGAGGAAAGCGAGGAUGAGGAGAAAGUAACGGUUGUCAAGAGUGCCAAGGACAAGAGGCUGGAGGAACUCGAGGGUAUCAUCAAACUGAUCGAGAAUGCCGAGAAAAUUAACGACUGGGCUGUUAUUUCGUCAGAAUUCGAUAAACUCAACCGUCAAAUCGCGAAGGUCACGCAGUCCGGCCCGACUCCUAGAAUUUACGUCAAGGCCGUUGCCGACCUUGAGGAUUUCGUCAAUGAGACGAUCACGAAGCAGAAGUCAUCGAAGAAGGCGAUGAAUGCUAGCAACGCCAGGGGCUUCAACGCGGUCAAGCAACGUAUCAAGAAGAACAACAAGGAGUACGCCACUCAGAUCGAGAAGUAUCGCCAGAACAAGGAUGGCUUCAUGGAGGGCAAGGAAGAGGAGGCUAAGCCUGUCGUUGCGGCCCCGCGUUUGUCCACCAGGGUUGAGCGUUUUGAAGCGCCUGCUGCAGCCGCCUCCGCCGAUGAUGGUUUCGCUACCGUUGGCCGUGGUGGUAAGACUUUGCAGUACACCCCAGAGAGCAUUCUCAAGCACCUCCGCGUCAUUGUCGAAUCCCGAGGCAAAAAGAACACUGAUCGUCUCGAGCAAAUCAGGACCAUGGAAAAGCUCUUGGAAGUCGCUCAGACUCCUUACCAGCGCAUCCGUGUCUACCUUACUCUUCUCUCUACCCGCUUCGACAUCUCCUCUACGUCUUCCGCCAACUACAUGAGCGUCGAUCAAUGGAAGCUUGCUGAGAAAGAGCUUGCCGCCUUGCUGUCCGUCCUCGAGACCCACCGCAACCAUGUUGUCACUGAGGGCGCUGAGGAGUGGGAAGAUGAUGAGAAGCAGCCUCAGGUUAAGGACGGCGAGACUCUCCACAUCCCCGGCAGCAUCGUCUCUCACGUUGAGAGGCUCGACGACGAGCUGACUCGCUCUUUGCAACACAUCGAUCCUCACACUGCUGAAUACAUCGAGCGCCUGGGCGAUGAGAAGCAGCUCUAUACCAACCUUGUCCGCACCCAAGCUUAUGUUGAAGGCCUUAUCGAAGCUGAGAAGAGCGAUCCGCGCCAGGACAGCCUCAACCGAGUUGUCAUGCGGAGGCUGGAGCAUAUCUACUUCAAACCUUCUCAGGUUGUUACGAUCCUAGAAGACGGCACUUGGAAGGCGCUUCCCUCCGAGUUGGACUCUAAGGUCACUCCUCGUGAAAGCGCGGGUGAUGUGACACAGCUUGUCCAGACCCUGUGCAACUACCUCUUCCAGUACAGCGACGGUAUCAUCAGGGCCCGUGCCAUGUUGAGCCAAAUCUAUUUCCUUGCCCUGCACGACCAGUAUUACCGUUCUCGUGACUUGAUGCUCAUGUCUCACCUUACUGAGAACAUCUCCAACUUCGACGUUAACACGCAGAUUCUCUUCAACCGGACCUUGGUUCAAAUCGGUCUGUGCGCCUUCCGGGCUGGCCUUGUCUAUGAAGCUCAAAAUACUCUGUCCGAAGUCUGUGGCAGUGGCCGUCAGAAGGAGCUGCUCGCUCAAGGUAUCAUUCUUCAGCGUUACUCUACCGUUUCUCCCGAGCAGGAGCGUCUUGAGCGCCAGCGCCAACUGCCCUUCCACAUGCACAUCAACCUGGAACUACUUGAGUGCAUCUAUCUCACCUCAAGCAUGUUCCUGGAAGUUCCUCUCAUGGCUCAGACCUCUUCCUCACCCGAGAUGAAGCGCCGUAUCAUCUCGAAGACCUUCCGUCGUAUGCUGGACUACAACGAGCGUCAGGUAUUCACCGGCCCUGCAGAGAACACUCGUGAUGGUGUCAUUAUGAGUGCCAAGUUCCUCGCUGCCGGCGACUGGAAGAAGGCUGCCGAGAUGCUUAACUCAAUCAAGAUCUGGGAUCUGAUGCCCCAGCCCGACAAGAUCAAGGAGAUGCUGUCACAGCAGAUCCAAGAAGAGGGCCUGAGAACUUACCUCUUCACCUAUGCUCCCUUCUACGACAGCCUCUCUAUCUCUACCUUGUCGAACAUGUUCGAGCUCUCUGAGAAGAAGAUUGCGGCCAUCAUCAGCCGUAUGAUUUCUCACGAGGAGCUUGCCGCUGCUCUUGACCAGGUCAAUGAUGCCAUCGUUUUCCGCAAGGGCGUCGAGCUGUCGCGUCUCCAAUCCCAGAUCGUCACUCUCGCCGACAAGUCGAUGAAUCUUCUGGAGGCCAACGAGAAGACUCUCGAGCAGCGCACUCAAGGCAUGGCCAACGCUUUCCAGCGCGAUCAGGGCGCCGGCGCCCGUGGCGGCCGUGGCUCUGGACGUGGUGGCCAGGCCCGUGGUGGUCCCAGACUGCCUGGCGGCCAACAAGGUCGCCGGCCCGGUGGACAGCAAUUCAGCGGUGGUGCAUUGGGCGGAGCGAUCAAGGCAUAAAAAUUGUUUAUAAUGGCAUUCCUUUGUUUUCAUGGUUCUAAUGCUCCUGGAAUUUAACUACGUAUGAUCCCAUGUGCCCUUAUUCUUUGGCAAAGUCCUCAUCAAUUUUUCGCUUUCCCUUCUUCAUACAUAUGGCAUUUUCUUAUUUUGGAAUGAAUAAUUUGUUAGAAUUGGAUGAGCGAAAGAAGGGAGAUCUAAAGUACGUAAGCUCGAGUACAUCUGGGCCAUGAGGCUGAAUUUAGGUAUGUUUGAUGUAGGGAUACAGAUGAGAAAAUAG